AUGCGUCGAUUUAUUUCACGAAUACCUCUACGCCGAUCGGAUCCUGGUGUUUCCCGUUCGAAUUUGUCUAAAUUGUCAGUUGUUAUGACACGCAUGCCGGCGUAUCGAGUGUGAGUUCAUUCUCAGCAUCGUGAAUUUAUGGAGGCCGAGAACGAGGAGGUGGCCCUGAUGCAGCCCGCGACGGACACGUCAGCGCGGCCGUCAACGCCAACCGAGAACUAUAACCACAACAAGAUCCGCAGGAGGAACGUAUCCGAGGCCAACGCGGACGGUGAUGAUCGAGUGCCCCUCGUGAGCCUGCCCAAUUCUACGAAAGCGUGGCACAAUGGCGUCACACCGCGGAUACCGGAGACCGCGGUCACCGCGGACACGUCGGCGAUGAGCAAGCAGCGGAACGGCGUGCUGACUUGUGAGGAAGAUCGCGAGUCAAACGACAACGACACUACGGACGUUCCCAUGAACAGCGAGAUGAAAUUGAGCAUCAUCCGCGGUAGCAUCGCCAAUCCGAACCUCACCUUAGGAGAGCUAAGACUACUUGGCUGCAGUAGCGAAGGCUUCGUUAAUGAUGAUGUACGAAGGAUACUGUGGCCGAAACUUCUGCGACUAGCGCAAUUGGAGUUUGCCCCUGUUAACGGACUAGAAACUGUACAUACUCAUAUACCGAAUGAGGUUUACCAGCAAAUAUUAAAGGAUGUGGCACGCAGCGGUAGUCAUAUCUCUGAGACGGCAACAGAAAAGGAAACAGAAAGUUUCCAAGAGCAAUUAACUCAGCUCAUGUGUUGGGUACUUCAUAGACAUUCCCAAUUAAAUUAUUACCAGGGAUAUAAUGACGUAGCAGCAACUGUAUUACUUGUAAUGGGAUUACAAACAGGCUUAUAUGUGCUUGAGAGUAUCUCAUUAGAAUUUCUGGAAAGAUUUAUGGAAAAGACUAUGGAAAAAGUGAAUCAAGAGUUAUUCUAUAUUUUUGCAUUACUGGAAAGAGUGCAUCCUCUACUUCUGGAACAUUUAGAAAAUGUAGAACUAUUUCCACACUUUGCUUUGGCUGAAUAUACAACAUGGUAUGCACACAAGUAUGCAGAAAAUCGAAAAUUGUUACAUAGAUUAUUUGAUUAUUUUCUGGGUAGUCCCCCACUCAUGCCUCUCUAUUUAAGUACAGUAAUCGUUGCACAUAGAGCUAUAGAAAUUUUUAAUACCACACCUGAUAUGGGACAUACGCAUAAAGUAUUAUGUACGUUACCUGACGAUUUGCCAUUCGAAACACUUUUGGUAGAAGCAAGAAAUUUGUAUCGACAAUAUCCGCCUGAGUCUAUUAGUAAUGAUGUUAGGGAUUACGAUCAUAAGAGAAAAAUUAAAGAGCAAGAGUGGAAGGCAAAGGCAGAGGCGAGCCGUCAAGAGAGAGAAAGACAACGAAAAUUAAGAAUUGUUCAAUCAACGCCAAGAAUAUUUUAUCGCAGGAGAAAUUAUAAAACCAUUACCAUUACCAUGACUAUUCUAGCUGUGGGAAUAUAUGCUUUUAUAAAAUGUUCGUCAGUGCUUAACUGACAUUAGGAGAUAUUAUUUGUUGUAAAGAACUAGAAUUUUUAUAUAUUUUCUAAGGCAGAAACCCUUCACUUCUUUGAUAUAUGAGAUUUGAAAUGAAGGUUUAAAAAUAUAAGGUUAUAUAAAAGCACAUUUCCCCAAAGAAAUGAAGGAGCAAGGAAGUUGUGCUGUUAAGAAUAAUUGAAAAGUUUGGUUAUUGAUAUUUGAGUAAAUCGGUUCUAGGACAUGA